AUGGUGGCCGAGGGCCCGGCCGAGGGGGCGCCGCAGGGCCGGCGGGGCCGCGCCAGGGCGCCCGAGGAGUGGGAGCUGGAGAAGGCGGCCGGGCGGCCCCCCUCGCCGCCGCCGCCGCGCGCCCCCCGGGCGUACCCGCAGAAGAGCGCCGAGAUCCUGAGCAGCCAGUACGGCCUGAACCUCUUCCUGGCCGGCCUGGUGCUGAUGUUCGCGUGGGCCGUGCACGCCGCCAACCUGCCCAAGAGCGCCGUGCUCGCCUACCUCGUCACCCUCAUGCUCCUGCAGCUCGUCUGGAUGGCCUGGUACGUGUGCCGACGCUGCGCCCACAAGAGGCUCAUCCAGGACAAGGACACCCACGCCGGCGCCCGAUGGCUCAAGGGUGGGAUUACUUUGUUUGCAAUGAUUACUUUAAUUAUGGACUCUUUCAAAAUUGGAUAUUUUGUUGGAUAUUCCGAUUGCUUAUCCAUCGCAGAAGGCAUUUUCCCUGUGACACAUGCUUUGCAUACGGUUGUGCAGGUGUAUUUCUUAUGGUGUCACGCAAAGGAUAUCAUCCAGUCUUUCAAAACGCUGGAGAGGUUUGGAGUGAUCCAUUCAGUGUUUACAAAUUUGCUUCUGUGGACAAAUGCAGUCUUAGCAGAAUCCAAGCAUCAACUUAAUGAGCACAAGGAAAGGCUAAUUACUCUUGGGUUUGGAAACAUAUCAAUAGAGCUGGAUGACCAUGCUCCGCAGUGUAAUUGUUCCACUACAUCUCUCUGCUCUAUAUUUUCUCAAGGAAUAUACUACUUGUACCCUUUCAACAUAGAGUAUCACAUCUUAGCAUCUACGGUGCUCUAUGUGCUUUGGAAGAACAUUGGGCGCAACGUCGAACACCUUCAGCAUCACAAGAUACCGUUCAAAUUUCAAGGCAAAACACUGGGCACCAUUGUGGGCAUGGUUGUGUUUGCCACCACGAUAGCCAUCGUUGUGGUGUAUCUGAUCCAGAUUGGGCGUUCAAAGCUAAAGAGUGAAAUUGCUCUGGUGAUGUUUUACAUGUUUGCAAUCAUCGUACUGACCCUGAUGUGUGCAGCUGGGAUUGUCGCUCUGCUGAUAUACAGACUUGAAGGUCGAUCACUAGACGUCUCCAAAAACCCAGCCAGAAAACUUGACGGGGACCUUCUGGUUGGAACGGCUUCAGGAUCCUGGCUCCUUUCUUGGGGCUCCAUCCUGGCAAUUAUCUGUGCUGAAACCCACCCUAUAUACGCGUGGUACAAUCUGCCUUAUUCCAUAUUAGUUAUAAUUGAGAAAUAUGUCCAGAACCUCUUUAUAAUUGAAUCGAUACAUCGUGAGCAUGAAAAGGGUCACGACGACAUCAAAACUCUUCGGAUACUGACAGUGUCCAACGGGAGCACCCUUUCUCCUGCACCUUCUUACAAAGAAAUCUACAAUGGGGCCAAUGGCCUCCACAACGGGGAGUUUCCGUGCAAGUUCAACGGCAGCAUUUGCCUGCCUGAGAGCAAUGGAACAGGCGCUCCGGAUGAAGGAAAGGGGGAGCCCAGCAAAGCCCUCGCCCCUCCUGCGUCUGAUUCCUCCCACUGUGGAAGAAGCUUCACACUCGACAAGCGGCGCAUCCUGAAGAAUGUGGCUGCUUUCCUGUUCCUGUGCAAUCUGUCGCUUUGGAUUCCACCAGCUUUCGGCUGCCGUCCUGAGUACGACAACGGAUUGGAAGAGAUGGUUUUUGGGUUUGAGCCGUGGAUCAUCAUUGUGAACCUUGCAAUGCCCUUUUCCAUCUUCUAUCGGAUGCAUUCGGCUGCCUCGCUCUUUGAGGUCAGUUGCAUAACAUGA